CCCUGGCACACAUUGUGGCCAUUACUUGCUGGGCCUGGUUGCAGGGAGAUGGGCUCUGAGGAAAGUCAGCAGGUCACAGCUGACUUCCAUCUCCUUGGCAGGGUGCUACCAGAGUCAGCUCGGUGGCUGGUGACAAAAGGCAAAAUAGAAGAAGCUAAGAAGGUCCUUCAGAAGGCAGCAUCCAUCAACAAGCGCACCAUCCCCCCGGGACUCCUUGAGCAGCUGAAGUGUGAGACACAGACCAAGUCUGGAAGUAUUCUGGAUCUCUUUCGGAAGAAGCACAUCCGGAAGGUGACUUUAAUCAUGUCGUGUGCCUGGUUUGUUAAUAGCCUUGUUUACUAUGGUCUGAGUCUGAAUGUGACUAAUUUUGGUCUGGACAUCUACCUGACACAGCUUGCAUUUGGAGCAGUGGAAAUCCCAGGCCGUGCUGGUUGUAUCUUCCUGCUGCAGUGGUUUGGGAGGAGGAAAUCCCAGGCUGGCACCCUGCUGCUGAGUGGCCUGGUGUGUCUGAUCAUCACUGGCAUCCCUGAAGACCAGCCCGUGGUGAUCACUGUCCUGGCCACCAUCGGCAAGUUUGCCGCCUCAGCCUCCUUCUCCUCCUCCUACGUCUACUCCGCAGAGCUCUUCCCCACCGUCAUCAGGCAAAGCGGCGUGGGGCUGUGCUCGAUGGCGGCGCGGGUGGCGGGGAUCAUCGCCCCACUGAUCCGCCUCCUGGAGCAGUACCACCGGGCCGUCCCCAUGGCCAUCUUCGGCAGUGCCCCCGUGCUGGGGGGGCUGCUCUGCUUCCUGCUGCCCGAGACCCGCGGCGCUGAGCUGGUGGAUGACACGAGGGGUGGCCGACCCAUGGCAGAGGUGAGCCCCCACACUGCCUCCUCUUGCUCAUGAGGGACAGGGGGACCACAGAAGGGCCCAAGGGAAUUGCAUUCUCUGGGUGUGGUGGUUUCUUUGGGGGCUUAUAUUGAUGGGAGGGUAGGGAGUUGGGUGUCCCAUUGCA